UGUGAAAACAAAUUUGUAAUGUUCAAUUUUGCCGCCACGUUAGCGGAUUCCCGCUGUAAUUGCCUUACUUAAAUUAACGAAUAUUGUGAAUUCGUCUUUAUAAUAGUUCAAUGGAGUGCGAUGGAACGGUUCUUGAUCAAACGACAUCCUAUGAGAAAAGGAAAUCAUCGUUGGAACACAUCAGUUAGGUUAAUGAACUAUUCGAACCAAGAGAACACAUAAAGUUUUUACUUUAUCAGAAGCUGCUACGACGAUACAAGAAACAACAUGGCGUCAAGGAACGCUCCGCAGGGGUCGCUAGAACGUCUACGCCUGGUUACCGGCACGCGAUUGGUCCACGUUUGGCGCUUUAAAGAUUGGAAGGGGUUUUCUUGGCUGGCAGGUAGUCAUCGUGGAGGGAGGCUUGAUAAAAGGUGGAGGGAGAAGUAAGGGAAAGAAAGAAUAGAAAGAAGAGGGUGCCAGGUAAAUCGCUUGCAGGUGAUACGAGACUUACAACGCUGAAGACUACGCAACCCUCUUCGUGAGUGUAUGUGAGAAGAACGGAUAUAGUCGAAUUGUUAGGCUAAUAGGCUAACUUAUUCCUUUUUUGAGUGAUCAAAAAAUACCAUUGAUCAACGGUACUGCCUGAUAUUCUGGUGAUCUUGUGCUUUGCGACUGGUGUUUGUUUACAGUUUUUUGUGCUGACCGGAUAUAAAAGCAACCGUAAAGAUGAAAUUGAAACAACAAGGUUUAGUAGCGGACUUGAUGCCGAAUAUUCGCAUUAUGCAAUUCGGUGGACAUUUUAUGUUCAAUUAUAUCGAUAGUUCUACCAAGUUAAUGCAUAAAAUAUAUUGCUGCGUUCAUUUAUUUCUGCUCCUUCUCCAAUUCGCUUUUGCUGGAAUAAAUCUCGCCCUUGAGAGUGGCGACGUCGACGAUCUCACGGCUAAUACAAUUACGAUGCUUUUCUUUACACAUUCUGUAGUCAAAAUAGUAUACUUCGCGGUCAGGAGCAAAUUAUUUUAUAGAGUACUAGCUAUCUGGAACAAUCCAAAUAGUCAUCCACUAUUUGCCGAAAGCAAUGCUAGAUAUCAUGCGAUAGCAUUGAAAAAAAUGAGAACUUUGCUCUUCGCUGUUGGAGCAACAACGGUUCUUUCAGUUCUCGCUUGGACUGGUAUCACGUUCGUCGGUGAUUCUGUAAAAAAAGUCACCGACCCUGAAACGAACGAGACCAGUAUAGUGGAGAUUCCUAGAUUGAUGCUUCGCUCUUGGUAUCCUUACGAUCCUAGCCACGGCAUGCCACACAUCAUGACUCUGAUUUAUCAAUUCUAUUGGUUAAUGUUCGCUAUGAUGAAUUCGAAUUCUCUCGACGUUCUUUUCUGUUCAUGGCUCUUGUUUGCCUGUGAGCAAAUUCAGCAUCUCAAGCAAAUCAUGAAACCUCUGAUGGAACUCAGUGCAACUCUCGACACAGUUGUACCAAAUAGUAGUGAAUUGUUCAAGGCUGGCAGUGCUGAGCAUUUAAGAGACACACAAGGUGCUCAGCCACUCCCGCAACCUCCACCAGGGGGCGAAAGUAUGCUGGAUCUUGACCUCCGUGGUAUAUACAGCAAUCGACAAGACUUUACGGCGACCUUCCGACCAACAGCAGGAAUGACAUUCAACGGUGGCGUAGGACCGAAUGGCUUGACCAAGAAACAAGAAAUGCUCGUUAGGAGUGCUAUCAAGUAUUGGGUGGAAAGACACAAACACGUCGUUAGAUUGGUAACCGCGGUUGGAGAUGCUUACGGUAUAGCUCUACUACUUCACAUGUUGACAACGACUAUCACAUUGACGCUUCUCGCCUAUCAGGCUACAAAGGUAAAUUCUGUUAGCGUCUAUUCAGCUACGGUCAUCGGUUAUUUCUUGUAUACUCUCGGCCAGGUCUUUUUAUUCUGCAUAUUCGGUAACCGUUUGAUAGAGGAGAGUUCAUCAGUCAUGGAAGCCGCUUAUUCGUGUCAUUGGUACGAUGGCUCUGAAGAGGCAAAAACUUUCGUCCAAAUCGUUUGUCAACAAUGCCAAAAAGCAAUGUCCAUCUCCGGAGCAAAGUUUUUCACCGUCUCUUUGGAUCUUUUCGCUUCCGUAUUGGGAGCUGUCGUGACUUACUUCAUGGUGUUGGUACAGCUCAACUGAACGAUCGAUUAUCAUAUUGUACGAAUAUAUUUUAGGACCUCGUAUAAAUCUUUCUUUUUUCUGGUCGUAUUUGGCAUACCGUCAGUUCCUCGAUUAUUCAUCAAGGAAUAUAUCAAAAUUCAAAUUUGUCAUUGUGAUCGAAACGCGACCAAAGUAAGAAUUCUUCUAACGAGGAGAUAAUUUUCAAAUAAUGACGGAUGAUAACAUUAUAUUUAAUAGGAAUAAUACUCUAUGUGCGGAAUUAAGUUUACGUAAGAGAAAUAUUAAGGAAAACGGGGAAAAAUAUUACGCUAAAAUCGCCGGAAAUACGUGUCAGUUCGUUGGACGAUACGAGACACGGAAGUUUCUUUCAAAAUAUUUUUUUUCUCGUCAUGUUAGGUUAUCGAAGGAAUCCUUUUAAUGUACUUUUCUACGUCGUCAAGAGAAAUCGUUUUAAUCGACUAUGAAUAUCAGACAAUAGUAUCUCAUCGAUAAAAGUGAAAUUCUGUGAUUUGUUUACAUGCUUAAAAAUCUUUUUAAGAGAAAGAACAAAGAUGCAAGAUGAAUUUCUUGUAUCGAAAUAUAUAUAACGAACGAUCGAUCAACUUGCAUCUUUGUUCUAUUCACACGAUGUCGAUGUACGAUAGUGUAUAGAUAGGAAGAUAAAUGGAUUUUACGUAUACGUAAAAUAAAUAAUAUCGGACGUGAUACGUCGAGAUAAUAAUUUAUAAUAAUACAGUACAAUAACAAUUAUUCUCAUUCGAUUGAACUAUCUUUCGAUUAAAAAAGUCUAUCGAAUUACUUGGAUGUUUUAACGUUAAUUUGAAUAUUUCUCUUUUCAUUAUAUAACGUCUCUAUAAUUAGUUUCACUAUAUUUGCACGAUAAAUAUUAAUUCGUGUGGCGUUCGUAAAAUUUCGUCGUUCCUUGUGAAAUAAAUUUCGUUGGUUUCAUAAAUGUGAGAGAACGAGAGAGAGAGAGAGAGAGAGAGAGAGAGAGAGAGAGAGAGAGAGAGAGAGAGAGAAAGAGAGAAACAUACAAAAUCGAGGAGUUCAUUGUCUUAUAGAUAUAUUUAUUUAAUCGAAUAUUAUUAAUUAUUAUCGUUACUAAUAUAUUCAGUGAUAAGAGUUAAAGAAUUCGUCUCGUUUUGUUUCUAAAAUUAUAGGGAAAAAAAAAAAAAAAAAAAAAAAAAAAAAAAAAAAAAAAAAAAAAAAAACUUACGUCAUAUACACGUACAAUUACAAAUAGCGAGGCAUAAAUUAAUAUACAAUAUAUCGAUAGACAUAUUCGUAAAUAGUUAAUGAACGUUCAGUAUUACAGAAUCGUCAUUGAUGUGUGAAAGUGUAAUUAUAUUUAUCUAAUAAAAAUUUUGCCAAAGGAUACUUCUGAAUUUAAAAAAAAAAAAGAAAAAAAAAGGAAAAAAGAAGAAAAGAAAAAGAAAACAAAAGAAAAAUUUUCUAUCAUAUUAUUUCUAUCGUUGUGUCAUUGAGUAAAAGGAACUGAUCAGAGGUGGUGUCGAGUAAGAAAUUGGCGCGAAUGUCGGUACACGCAUGCGCAGAAUAAGAGUGACUCGGGCGAAGGGUAGUUUCGAUCGUUCUCUGGUGGUCGUCCUCGUCGUCGACGUCUCGCUGAAUGGGUUUCCCUCGUGCGUGCUCUUCUCCCGUGAUGCUGCUGCCUGCACUUGGUCCAGCUCAUCUUCGUUCGGUCCACUCGUGACAGGAACGAUUAACCGUUCGUCGAAUUCCCUGUCGUUUGUAAUUCGUGUUUCGUUAAUCGAAUCUUCGUAUUUUUUGUGAUAAAAGAAAAGUGAAAAAGAGAUCCCUGGGCAGAUCUAUUAAAAGAAAAAAAAAAGAAAAAAAGAGGAAGAAAACCGAAAGAAAAAGAAGAAACGAGAAAGCUCGCAGAAUGACGCCGCAGCCUAUUUCGAAAGGACUCGCCUCGAAAGAGAAAAUUCAACGAGGAAAGGAAGACGUCGUCGUUCUUAGGGAAAUCGUUGAAGAAUAUUUUGGGAUGGUAUAUUUUAACGACGACGAGCAAUAAACGGGACGUUUUUGACGGAGGUAUUUGUUAAUUCGCAUGAUCAAGAGAAAAAGAGGAAGAGAGAAAAAAAAAGAUAA